CAGUGAUAACGUAAUCAACGAAUAACUUUAAAAUUCUUUGCGGAAAACUUUCACAGAAACAUUUUUACAAAAGAGUUCAACAGGAUUGAAAAAAUAAAAAUUAACAACAUCGAUAAAGAAUAAAUCUCCAAGCGUUUCACUGACUCGUAUUGUACUUAUAUAAGACCCCAAAAACAAGGGUGAUUGCUAACACUUGUAUAACUGUUUGUGACCAUUGAGGAUUUAGAGAUGGCUGCUAUAGUAAAGGAGAAAAUGGGACAAGGCGCCAAAUAUUUAAAGUCAAACAACAAUAUGUGUCUGGUCGUUCUUCUUCUAUCAGUCAUGAUCGAAGUGGCCGAGUCAGUAGAGUGCUACUGGUGUAGUGGAGUAGGUCCAGACAGACGGUGUGAGAGGUCACCUCAAAACAACACAUUGGGCAGCGCGUCCAUCAAGUGCUCCACUCGCUUCUGUGUCACCACCAAAGUCAUCAAUGCAGCGACAGGGCAAGUGGAAUCGUUCGCUCGAAAUUGUGACAAUAUACCCCACGGCAACACGUGCAUCAGAGACCCCCAUCUAAUUACCUGCUACCAGACCUGCACUAGUGACCUGUGUAACUCAGGCAACCCUGACCCUGUUGUGAUGGGAACUACCACUCUGGACAAGGCGUUCACCGUCGUUCCAAAGCCAUAUCGAAGCAGCCAGGCUUCAAAGGUGAUUGAGGCUGGUGACUCGUUGCGUGGCCCGCCUCAGAAUAGCAUGAGUGAACCCAGCAAGGGCGUUAAUGCUGCCGCAAGUGAUAGGUUGAAGAAAUUUAACAUCGAGAGUAUGAAUAUUGUGCCGUACAAAUCGAAAGUGGGUCGCUACGUGGUUAAAGGAAACACAGUUCGUCACGUGGGCACAACACACAAGUGGUGGCUGGCAGACACAGACGCUACGAAGAAGUUGACAGACAAUUAUGUCACCAAAGAAAACAUGAAUGUGUUAUCAGCCCCUGCGUCAAGGGAUGAACCUCAACUCACUCGACCUAAAGCUCCGUCUCUAACUUCCUCAUCAAAUAGCGAGGCGAGUAGCCCAAAGAAAGACAAUUUAAAACACACAUCGGAAUACGUCAGUAGCGUCCCUUUGACUAAGUUAACGCGCAAUUCAAAGGAGGUAAGCGAGGAUAAAUCAAGACAUUCUUUCGAUUACAUCAGUUAUGUCCCUUUGAGCAAACCAAAACCAACAACCCCAAGUAAACAAUGGUUUUCAGAAUCUUCUUUCCCCAGAAUUAGAAAAACGACUAAAAGCAGACAAAUGUGGUACGAUGUUAGUAGCCCCACCCAGGCCACCGACACUGAAUCGCACUCUACUACUCCUGUUAAACCCGAAUCAAACAAUAAGAAAGGGCAUCUUGUUCUACGGAAGCCUUUAAAACCUACUCAACCUACCCAAAACGGUGGACCAUCAACGAAAACCAAAACCCAGAACACCAACAGAAUACAGAUUCGACCGACAGAGCAGAUUCAAAGUAAGAUAGAUAACCUUCAAUCCAAAUCAAAGUUAGACCACCCCGGUUUGUCGUCCGAGGUGGCUGAGUUACUGCCCAUUUUGGAAGCCUUAAUUACCGAUGGUAGCAUCGCGCUCGAUGACGCCACUGUCACCGCAGUGCCCAGCACCCAGAGAGCGGUCAUCUCUGCAAAGCCCACCCCUUAUCCAACCUACGGGCUUCUAGAGACGGCCAACAUCUACACAUCGCACGUACACGGGAGAAAAUUUACCCAGAAACCCAUUCACCAGACUAUCAACAAGAGAUACAGAAAAAAGCUGGCUAAAAGUCAGAGGUCAACUCGGGGGGACAUCCGGGUCACGCCUGACAAGUUAGUCCCAGAACCAUACAUAGUUUCGUUUUUCAACAAGGGAGCUAACCCUAACCAGACCGAACCAGCCGCAGCAAGAAGUAACAACAGUUCCCCUGCUAUCUCGAAUGUUCCCGAAACAAUUUCAAUGUCCGUUCUGGCAGAUAAGAAUUUACAUCUCAAAACAGACUCUAGCGUCGAAAGAAAUUAUCUGAAAGUAGAACCAACUUUGAGAAUCAUAAUUGUAACAGAGAAACCCGACGACGUCAAAAGUGAUGACUUUUGGCAUAAACUCUCUACAGUCUCCAAGAACGCUAAAUCAGAAAUGCUUGACCUGAGAUCCCUAAAUCUUCAAGACUCACAAACUGUUACACCAGUACCCACAGACGCCAACUCCCUGACAAUAUCUCCUACUCCGAACACCCAGCUAGAACUAACUAGUCCCUCUCAAAACGUAAACGCUUCUAAAUCUUCCAAAACAAAGUCAAGAAAUGUUUAUUCUCUUUUAAGCAAAAAUAAGGAAAUUUCUACCCAUUUCAAAACGUCGCCAAAAGCGGGAAAAUCCCAAACAGCAAAGGAAGUGACGUACGUUUCUGUUUACCCACAAUUCAAAGCGACUUACAAUCGAAGCAAAGAGAACCUCGUCAAGAAAUCAGCCAUGGCUGAAGCUAAUGACGUGAGCAGACGUGAACUGGUACCACGCCCUGGCGUGGUUUAUGUUAGUCCCCGUGGAGCUGUCACUACUCUCCCGCCAAUCUCUGUUCUAAAAGUCGAAUUCAGUGACGCCUCCGACACGUUCACUAUUUUGACAGAGUCUAAGAAAAACAGCCAAAGGUCGAAACUUUACUCAGCGGCGCUUACCAAUGUAGACUAUUUAAACGAGGUCAAUCGAAAGAUUGGAGAAAAACUGAAAGCGGAAAUUGAGUCGGGAAAAGAUAACUCUGGUCUUUAUCCCACGACUAGCAACGUGACUACAACAAAAAGUGACAUGGUAACCAAGAUCCAAUGGGCAAACCAGAGCAGAAUGCCAAAUGGGGUCACGCCAACAACAACUUUGAGAAAUAGCACAACAACUAAUGACGUCAUUGGUUCUAUUUCCAACAGCUACGAUUUAGGCGAGGUUCAUUUUAUUGGAAUUUCCGAUAACGCGCAGAACACUCUUCAAAACGAGUCCACCACAAAUACGCCGUCUGCUGGUGAGCCAGAAACCAGCCAAUCCACGUUACCAAAGAAAGACUCUGGGACAAACGUUGAACUUUUUCGAACUACUGGAGUAAACAGCGACUUUUCAUUUAAAGCAUCUGUUGGGGUAGACACUUCAACCAGUGUACCGUCGAUCCAAGAGCAGACCGUUGAAAAACAGUUGAAAACAGAAAGCGAUAUGAUGCAAAUACAUGUACACCCAGAUGAAGCAAGUAUCUCAGAUUCUAUAAACUCAGACACUUUUGCGACAAAGUCAGAUGACCUUCAAGUCACCUUCACAACUACACUGGAACCAACAUCUUCAAGUCUGCAAAAAACAGGAACUAUUUCCAAUCUGAUCACUUCCGGUCUCAGAGAAGUUAACGAAGCGAAAAAAGAGAAAUUAAACGAAUCAUCUCACCAGGGCCAAGUACCAAAUGAACAAGGCAAGACAACUCCAUUACCAGACAAAGACAAAAGGGUGAUAAUCGCUUACGAAGACACCUUGAACGAGCUAUUAAGAAACGUCAGAGGCAGCUCCCCUGCACCACUGGCUGCUCUUUCAUCUCGUUCCACUCUGGCGCCGACCAUCUUCAUCAAACCUGCACUCCACCUGCCAGGUAAAAUCGCCAAGUUGGAAGGUAAAAAAAAAUUGUUCUCAUCUAAGAGAGCCAACUCGUCCACCUGGGUUCAGCCUGCACUCACUUACUGGUACCUGGUCGGUUUGGUGCUUGUUUCAAUUUUACGCUUUUAAAACAGUCUGACGUCAGUGUGUGUGCGCGUGUCAGUAUUAUGAUAUUACAGGUCUGUGUUAGCCUGCACAAUAUAGACUUGACUUGAGCACAAAUAGACCGA